CACACCUAGCUCGUACCCACAUACUACCCCUGUCACCUGACAGCAUUUGCCAUGGAAAUGCCAGCAAGCAGCACCUCGGCUUCGUGCAACCUCAAGACCAGGCCAUCAUGCUGGCGCUCCAUGGCUCAGUCGCUAGGCUCGCUGCGGAGGCGGUUGCGUGGAGCACCACAGUCGCCGACCGUCGCCCGCUACAACCUAGAGAGCACCGACGUCGGGAUUCUCUCGGCUAUCCAGGGAAAGCGCCAACGCGUCCUUGGGCUGCUGGUCCUCUCCGGCGCCCGCGACAUCCUGAGGUGGCACUGCCGAGCAGCUGCUGCCAAAGCAGCGGCCACGGGAGGCCAUUCCGAGCCGCCAUACUCUCUUGCGCCCGAUGCUCCAGCUGGAUCGGCAGUCGCGCCGUAUACAUGUACAAAGGUGAAAUAGAAUUCUACAAGCCAGAGUGUCGGGAAGACUACAUCCUGGAGGAGCUGCACAGACAGAGACGACAAGAGCGAGCUGCUGGCUCGCCGGCGCUAAUAGGGGUGAGAUCGCGAGGAAGAGACGGCAGCACGGGGAGCAUCUUCUUCACAUGUGUUGACGACAUCCUAUGAUGCACACACAUAUGUGUAUGUUUCAGAGGUGUAAUUAAGGGUUUACAAGGAUUUCAAUCGCGGUAGUUUCACGACUGUACAAACUACAAAGGAAGAGAAGAGGCGACAACAAUGGCCGACGGCCACACAUGCAGCAUCUUCUUCACAUGUGCUGACGACAUCCUAUGAUACAUGUUUCAGAGGUGUAAUUAAGGGUUUCCAAGGAUUUGAACCGCUUGUCCGUAUUUUCGCGACUAUUAACUAAAUAUGUUUUAGGCUGAUUCCAACCAUGUCGCCUGGAAUCAUAUUCAUUUGAUUUUUUUUUCAA